AAAAUAUUUAAUUCUACAAACUUGUGUUUUAGUGAGUUAAUAAGAUUAGUAUUGAUUUUAAAUUUACUUAAUACUUUAAACUUUUACUUCACUUUUAUUAAAGGCCCUGGAUUUUUAACUUUUCUGUGGUUCUCUUCCGGUGCAAGCGUUGCUAAGAGACCAACCCCAACAAAAGGCCUCUAUGGUUACCCAUGGUAACCAGUAACCAGCAGAGUUAACCAGCUGCGGUAGCAGCAGCUGAGUUCACUUUGUUUUUUCCUUCUUUUCCUCCAAACGUCAUCAUGUCUUUGCCGUUUCUACCCGGACUUUCUUCUAAUAAACACCUGUGGAAGGAGAAAUUCCACAAGUCGCAGCAUUUUGAUGUUUCUAACGGCGUCUCCAUGAUGGUGGGAUCUGACAAACCAGGCAUCGGAGGAGAACCACUGAGCGGUCACAACAUCAAACCCAAAUAUUCUGUUUAUCCCAGAGGACGAGGAUCACAGUUACCGCCGUGGGUCGCCUUCGACAAACAGGUCUUGUGCUUCGAGGCCUUCUUUGAACAAACGGUUCCUCAAAGUCGUGAAGAAAAUCUCAGAAUCAGAAAAUGUCGGAUCUUCUUCUUCCCUGAAGACGACACCAUCAAAGUGGUGGAGCCACACGUGAAGAACAGUGGGAUCCCUCAGGGAACUCUGCUUCGCCGUCAGCGCGUUCCUCUGCCUCCACCAAACCAGCAGCUCUUCUACACCGUGUACCAUCUGAACUUGGACCAGCAGGUGGAGCUCUACUCUCACACCUUCACCAUCACCAGCUGUGACGCCUUCACCAGGAAGUUCCUCACCAGACUGGGAGUUCAGCUCAAUGAGCCCACGUCUGCUCCUGAUGACCCCUACACACACCUGCGCCAACAGAUGGAGGACAGCAUGAAUCCUCUGCGUCCCUAUGAGAGACAGGACACACUGAGACAGUUUGUGGACAACGACCGUGUCGUGCUGCGUUUCUUUUGUGUCUGGGACGACGCGGAGAGCGAGGCGGGCGAGCUGCGGGAGCUCGUCCUCAACUACUUCCUGUCCGACGACACGGUGGAGAUCCGACACGUUCACGCGCCCAACUCAGGACGAGAUCACGUGUCCAAGUUCCUGCGACGCUGCAGGUUACCAAAGAAUUGUGUGUCCACAGUGAAGCAGCCAGGUCAAAUCACACAAAGAACCGUCCUCAACGUCAUCGACUCACAAACCCGAGGAAAGCGCUUCAUCCUGGACAAUCUCAAAACUGGAGCUGAGGAUGAGGAGUUUUAUAAAGACAGAGAUUUUACAGUAGGAGGAGAAAUCAACGUGUUUGGGAGGAGAAUCGUCAUCACCGACUGUGACGACUUCACCAAACACUUCUACCGCUCCAAAUAUGCCAUUGAUGACUUCACUCCAGUGCCGUACAAAGCUCCUGUGGCUCCUCCGGCCCCGCGGGCCCCGCCCCCCUACACAGGCUUUGGCUCAGAGGAGGACUCACUCAGCUGGUGUCAGAGUCUGGUGCCCAAGGCCCCGCACAAGGACUUGAGGAAGUUCAUGGAGAAAGACAGACGCGGCCUGGACAGUAACGUGCUGAGUUUCCGUGCCAGGAUGGAGACGAACGAUCCCGCGGACGCAGAGCGAGAGUUCGUCGUCUCCUUUUACCUCAGCGACGACUCCAUCGGCGUGUUUGAGCGAGCGCAGAGGAACUCAGGUGUUGUUGGUGGAAAGUUCCUGGAGCGCGGGCGUGUGAAGAAACCCGGUCAGGAUCCGUUUCAGAGCGAUCCCUUUGAAUACUUGACGGCUCAGGAUCUGUUUGUGGGAGCGACUCUGUGUCUCAACAAGCACCACUUCCGUCUGCUGGAAGCUGACGACUACACCUGUAACUACAUGGAGCGACACCACGACGAGUUUCCCAAAUCCAACGUGAGCAACAUCCUGAGCAAACUGAGGUCACUUCCUGUGGAGAAACAGAGUGAGAUGAAGAAGUUCCUGACCCUCAGUGACCCCAACAACACAGGGGUCAUCCCCUACCACUGCUUCAGGAACCUGCUGCUGGGUCUGGACUGUGGUCUGUCAGAACACGAGGUUCUGGUUCUGGGAAGGAGUGUGCGUGAGUGUGAUCAGUCUGAGGACGACGUGGCUCUGGUUCUGGCUGUGGUUCAGGAUCUUCUGAGGAAGAAGCUCUUUGAAGACUUUCAUCACAUGACCAGAGCCUGUACACACAGAGACAGACACAGAAGUGGCCGUCUGUCCACGUCAGAGAUGAGGACAGUGUGUAAGUCCUGUCGUCUUCCUCUGCCUGAGUCUCUGCUCUCAGCUCUGAUCCACAGUUUCUCAGUCACAGACGAGAUCGACUUCCACGCUUUCAUCGCUGCAAUCAACUGGUUAGAGAAUCCUGCUCCUGCGGUGACCCCUGACCUCUGCACCAAGUUUGAAGUGAACAUGAGGACGGACUCUGGUGCAGACGUCGUGAAAAACAUCAACUACUCUUCUCUGCUGGGCGACGUUGUCAGUUUACCCUCUGACAACAGUAACACAACAACAACAACGACGACGACGACGACGGCUGACGCCUCAGAGUAGACACGCGGUGGUGAGAGGGUGAGAGGGCAAUCUCUUCAUGUGUUCACACACAGCCCAGAGUUUGACAGUGAACUGAGGUGACUGAUGAUGGUUCUUAGGAACCGUGUCACAUGACACAAACACAGUGUGUGAACAAGAAGGUAAUGUGUUAGUGUGUUG